UUAUACCUGGCAUGCGAUUCCUACCUACCUGUACCCAGUAGUUACUGUCUGUCUGUACUACUAUACCUUUUUAACUGUUGAUGAUAAUAAUAACAUUUGAGCCUCGGAACACACAUGCAAUACUAUCACAUUACCAUCGCAAACCACGAAAACUAACCAGGCCCCAACUUUUACAGUACCGUUUUCUAUUGUAUAUCACAGGCUGUUCCAUUUCGAUGCUUGUCUAAUUUACGAUCAUUGUACCCGGAGAUGGAUACCCCAAGUGCGACGUGGCAUCCGGCCAAGAUGCCAGAUUUCAGUGGUCAAAAUCAAACUUUAGAACUCGACUCAACGCCAAACCAACCAGCGCCACCCGUCGAUACACAAACUGCAGAGCAUUUCAUGGAAGAGGAUAGAUCUGAUCUAAUAGAAGCAGGGGCCAAAACCCAACCUACAACAGACGGCGCGUUUUUAGACCAAUUCAAUAGUAAUCAUGACGCCGAAGAUGCCGCGUGGGAUCUCUCGGGCCCAUCACCCGCGUCAGCUCCGCAAGACGACGAUGCGCCCAUACCCAAUCACGAACACAACUUUGCCCAACCGGACCCUGUUCCAACGAGUAACGCAUCCAAACAUUCAAGCACAAUCUCCUUUGCACGUACUGUGUCUCACGAGCCCAGCUUCGGCGACGACGAUGAUAGCGAGUGGAACCUGCAGCGAACGGAGACGGACCCAUUCAAGUUUAUGCCACCAAACGAGAGGACAAACUCAUUUCCUGUUGUGCCACAAAUGGAUAAUGCGACCGAGGACCCCGUAGAUUAUCCGUCGCCUUCAACGCAAGCUCAAGAUAUCGUGCAUGAUGUGGGGAACGAAAAUGCGCAUACCGAGUCGGUCGCGCAAAUAGACAUUUCUGCGGACGGAUUUCUCGAAGAGAAUCAAGCUGUCGACGAAGCUGCAGAAGACGAAAGUUCUGCCCAGCAAUAUCUUGGUGGGGAUAUUGUGGGUGCCGGUGAAACAGACGAGGAAACUCGAUUUGAAGAAGGCUUGCCUUUGAUUCCGCAGAAUGACCAAAAUGAGCUAGAGAACCAUCAUGAACCCCGGGCUUUGGACCUUGGAGAUGCCUUUGCGCAGGACGCCGCUCCUGAAGAGGGAGAUGACUUCUUCAGCCAAAUUACCAAUGGAGGUUUCCAACUAGAAGGCGCUAAUCUUCCAGAUCGCACUUUACAAAGGAAGUCUACGAGUAUGGCGAUGGGUGACAUUGGCCUGGCACCAGAAGCGAGUAAUGUAGAUUCGGAACUGUCAACUCCCAUAGAGGGCCCUGCGUCAAAUAUAUCAGAGGCUGCAGAUGCGCAUACGCAGGAUACUAUCAACGGCGAUUCUACGACCGAAGAGAAGGAAACCAAAAAAGAAGAGACGGAUGCUCAACCAAAGGCGGUUGACAUUGAUGCAAAGUGGGCAGCUGCUUUUGACGACGACGAGGAUUUCCUACUGGAUUCAACAGCGGAGUCUAAAGAACUUGACCCAGCCGAUAUUUUUGGGAGUGACGAUGAAGGCUUCCUGGACGAAACAUUGGAAGAGUUACCAGCAGUGCCUGCAACGGUAACGUCUCAGCCUAACAUACCUGCGCAACCACUGUCAGCAAGUCUGAAUGGACGUUAUGCUCCUAAUAGCCUUCCCGGUUCAGCGCUCCCAAGUCCAAAUCCAUACGCACCCGCUCCAGUCGUUUCGCAAAUGCAGCCAUCGCCACAUCCUUCUUAUGUCCACCCAUCUACAGCCCCCCCUCCGGUAAUGGGAGGAUAUGGAGCGCCUCCGCCUCCACCAAGCAUGCCUAAGGCACAGAGCUUCGCUGAUAAAUCCAAGGGUGGCUAUACGUCGCCAUACGAUCUCCCAAUGGAGGUAGUGAAACCGAAGAAACGAAUUAGCAUGCAGCAACUUCCGCGAGCAAACGUGACAACUUUGGCGCCGCCAGUGGCUCCCCCAAGGAGCGCGAGUAUGUAUUCUCAACCGCCACCUUCCGGUGGUUCAACUACCAGUCUUUCACCUCCAAGUUCCAGCCAUUCAAAUCAACACCCGCAGGUACCAAACCAAAAGUCAACUCCGCAGCUAAAAUCAAAGCCAGGUUUUUUCGAAGAUUUGCCCAUGACCUCGAAACCCCGACUUGCGUCCCGGAACAGUAGCCACGGUAGCCUUCCCUCGCCAUCACAGCAUAGCCCAUACGGACAGCUUCAGAGUCCUCCGCCCCGAUCUCCCCUGGUUUCGGCCUCCAUGCCCCCUCCUCCCCAGCAGCCACCCGUUGGCGCGUCGUUGGUCGGACCCGAGCGCGCCAGUCCUUACGCCUCCCUACAAUCUAGCUCUUUGGCCAAACCAAACACCCCUCCCGUUUCGAAUGCCAGAUAUUCUCCUGCGCCACCUCAUUUGCCAGUAGCAAAUGGAGGAAUGCCGCCUCCAGCUGCUGCUGCUAGUCGGUAUUCUCCCGCUCCGCCUAAUUCUCGUUCAUCUAGUGGUGGAUACGCUGUUGCUCCACCUCCGGUGCUUGCGCAUCAACCGCGAACCUCUAGCCCACUUGCUCAUUCCCAUUUUGAAGCUUCACGUGACAAGGCGGUUCCGGGCUCGGUAAACGGGGAUGGCAUUUCGCUAAACCGAAGUAGCUCCUCUCAACAUGAGCCCCGUAUUACCAGAGUGCCGUCACUACCGCCAACGAAAGAGGUCGAAGAGGAACAAUCCACAUUACGAUCCCCUCCCACGGCUCCCAAAGCUUCAACGGAAUCAAAAUAUAAUCCGAUGCAAGCUACACAGACCCCACCACCUCUUGCAUCUCCAGCAUAUAACGCAAUUUCUCCGCCUAAACGAUCGGCUUCUAACUAUGUUCCAAUGACUCCCGCGUCCAUACCGCAUAAGGAGGUGAACUUUGUUCCACCACCUCGCUCUCAGACUCAAUCCCCCGGGGCGCUCUAUGGCAACAGAGCUAGUGAAAGACAAACAGAGCCAGUGCCUCGACCAUCCUCAGUACAAGGCGCAACUGCGCCUCGCGAUGUACAAAAUGCGGCAUACCAGCCUGUCGUUAGAGCUCGGGGCAUGUCCCAGCAUCUGAAUCUCGUACCCCCUACAGAUGGCCGAGAGUUGGAUCCCCUGCGAAGGUGGCGUGGCGCUCCAGUGAUUACUUGGGGUGUAGGAGGUGUUCUUGUGACCUCAUUCCCAACUGAUGUCCCUCGAUAUGGCAUAAGCCAGGCGCUACCAAUGAUCGUGCGAAGCCCAGGCGAGGUGAAGGUAAGGCAUGUCAAGGAUAUACAACCACUUGAGGAACGUUUAGCCAAAUUCCCGGGACCCUUGAAGGGCAAAUCAAAGAAAAAAGAAACAUUGGCUUGGCUGACAACUGGAAUCGAUGCUCUCGAAAGUAGCCUUCCGAACGUCUCGUUUCAGCAAGUUAUUUCUCACGAAGACAAGCGAGCUAUUGAGCGAGCAUUAUUGUGGAAGGUUUUAAGAGUUUUUGUUGAGCAUGAUGGCCUGCUUGAAGGAAAUCCUACAGUGGAAAAAGCGGUCCGUGAGGUUAUUUCUCCCGGCCUUAGCACUGACAACCCAGAACCUCCGUCGGCAAUCUCUACCGGGGCUGAUCUCACUGGAGUCCCUUCAACAGGAACGGGAAUACGGGCGGACGCUAUUGAUUCCCCGGCUAUCGAGCAAAUUCGCCACUAUCUACUGUCUGGCGACCGAGAAAAGGCUGUCUGGGCUGCCGUUGAUAAGAGACUUUGGGGCCAUGCUAUGCUUAUAUCGAGCAAGAUGCAGAAUCAGGAGUUAUACAAGCAGGUUGCGCAGGAAUUUAUUAAAAAGGAGGUGAACCAUCCGGGACAUGGAAAUCAACCCCUCGCUGCCCUCUAUGGUGUUCUUUCUGGAAACUUCGAGGAGUCGGUGGAUGAGCUCGUGCCGGUUCAUGCUCGCGCAGGUCUCCAGCUUAUUUCCACUUCAGCUCCUACUAGCGCUUCACAGGAUGCCUUAGCAGGACUUGACAAAUGGCGCGAGACGCUAGGAAUGGUAUUGAGCAACAGGAGCUUUGGCGAUGCCCAAGCCUUGAGAUCUCUUGGAAAUCUGCUCUCUGGAUACGGAAGAGCAGAAGCGGCUCACAUUUGCUAUAUCUUUGCUAAGAAUUGUGCCAUUUUUGGUGGGCUCGACGAUCCUAACGCCAACUUUGUCCUGGUUGGUGCUGAUCACCGCCGCCAAGCCGACCAAUGCGCCAAGGAAACGGAGGCUCUUCAAUUAAGCGAGGUGUACGAGUACGGGCUAUCCCUUGCUGGAGGGCUAAACGUUGCUCAGAGUUGCCCCCAUUUGGCUGCGUACAAGCUGCAACAUGCUAUGACUCUUGCUGAGUAUGGCUUCAGGGACAAGGCGUUGCACUAUUGCGAGGGCAUCUAUAACGCUAUAACUUCCCAGACGAAGAAGUCGCCAUAUUACAACUCUGUUCUGGAGUCGUCGGUGGAUGAUCUUAUGAGGAGGUUGAAACAGGCCCCGAAGGAAGAAUCGUCUUCGUGGAUCCCAAAGCCUAGGAUGGACCAGGUCUCUACUAAUAUGUGGAGUCGCUUUAAUAAAUUCGUCGCCGGUGAUGACGACGAGAAUUCCGGCAAUGGAGCGCAGGGUGAUGCUGGUGCUGAGUCUGGGCCCUUUUCUCGUCUUGCCCCCGGAACACCAUCCAUUAGUCGGUCUCCUUCCGUCUCAAAUUUCGAGCCGUAUGGAAAUGGCGGCCUCUCACCUCCCACCCCCGCUACUAAAACAGCUUCCCGCUACGCGCCAAUGACAUCCCAAGCCUCGGGCAACCCUUAUGAUCCUGCCCACAAUUCCGCUCCUAGGUCUUCUAUGGAAAGAACAUCGGGCGAGAUGACGCGAAGCUCCUAUGAUCUACCAAGGCGAGGGUCUGACAUGCAGCCUAUGUUUGGGGGCCCUUACACGCCCGAAUCAAAUCCCGCUCCGAAGUCCAACUAUCAGCCCGCGGCCCCAGUGGCUUCCCAAACUUCGUCGUACAUGCCUACUUCCCAAGGAUCGGAUUCAGCGUCGCAACCCUCAGGCAUGGGAAUUUCGUUCCCCGGGUAUAAUCCUUAUGGUGCCGCGCAGUUCUCUCCGGUAUCUCAACCGCAAGCCUCGCCCAAAGUAGAGGUUACCCCGGAGGUUUCCGUAAAUGAGACGAGUUCGACACAGGGUUAUCAGCCAGCAUCAUAUGGAUAUGAGCCACCUUCGAUGACCUCUUUCCAGCCGGAUACGACAGAGCCGGAAAGCUUUUCUGGCGGAUACGAACCACCAUCAUACCAACCAUCCAGCUUUGAGCCGCCUUCGUACGAGCCAGGCCCUUCUGAGGAAGCGGGUGAGUCCCAGACGGAGUCGCAGCCUAAGAAGAAGAGUUUCCUCGACGAUGACGAAGAUGACAUUCCUGGGUUGAAUGCGGGGGGAAAGAGCAAAGCAGAGAAGGACCGCGAGAACGAGGAGAUGGUCCGUAGGGUGGCCGAGGAGGAAGCGAAACGCGCUGCGGAAGCAAAGAGCAAGAAAAGUUGGGGGUUCGGAGGCUGGUUUGGCGGUGGUGGCAAGAAGGAGUCGGCCGACCUAUCCAAUGCCAACAAGCCUAUUAAGGCUAAGCUUGGUGAAGCCAGUAGCUUCGUAUAUGACCCCGAGCUUAAGCGUUGGGUCAACAAGAAACCGGGAGCAGAGAAUACUCCAGCCAAAACGGCAACUCCGCCUCCUCCGCGAUCCGCGUCCCGUAACGGCACCCCACCACCACCGGGCAAUACGUCGGCUCCUCCUAGAGGGUUGAGUGUACCGCCAGCUAAUCGUGCGCAACUUACGCCUUCGCCUACUCUGCUAAGCAAGGCCGCUUCGCACGAAAACUUGUCGGUACCUGGUGGGGUUAUGAUGGCGCGAUCUGUGUCGAGCCAGAGCAUUAGCAGUGCUCCAGGCGGACCUCCGAGCGCGCCGCCAAGUAGACCGACUACGAGCCUUAGUAACGCUAGUAGCAUCGAUGAUCUACUCGGGGCAGCGGGCCCGCGGAAAGGUGGCAAGAAGCCCCGAAAAUCGGGGCGAUAUGUGGAUGUUAUGGCUAAGUGAAGGAAAGACAAACGAGCGGUUACGGAUGUUUCACGGCAUGUGAUAAAGUCAAGU